GAAAGAUAUAAAGAAGGGUCACAACAAGACAGGACUUUAAAUUGCUUCCUCUGAGAUCAAGCAAUGCAAGAUGGUUUUGGAAAUGCUGAACCCAAUGCAUUAUAAAGUCACCAGCAUGGUGUCUGAAGUUGUGCCUUUUGCCAGCAUUGCAGUCCUGCUGCUCACUGGCUUUCUUCUCUUGGUUUGGAAUUAUAAAAACACAUCUUCAAUACCAGGUCCUGGCUAUUUUCUGGGAAUUGGGCCCCUAAUUUCCUACCUCAGAUUCCUCUGGAUGGGGAUUGGCAGUGCCUGCAACUACUACAACAAAACGUAUGGAGAAUUCAUAAGAGUCUGGAUAGGUGGAGAAGAAACACUCAUUAUUAGCAAGUCCUCAAGUGUGUUCCAUGUAAUGAAGCAUAGUCACUACACAUCCCGAUUUGGCAGCAAACCUGGGUUGCAGUUCAUUGGCAUGCAUGAGAAAGGCAUUAUAUUCAACAAUAAUCCAGUCCUCUGGAAAGCUGUUAGAACUUAUUUUAUGAAAGCUCUGUCCGGCCCUGGCCUGGUGCGCAUGGUGACCGUCUGUGCCGAUUCCAUCACCAAGCACCUGGACAAGCUGGAGGAGGUCCGCAAUGACUUGGGCUACGUGGACGUGUUGACCCUCAUGCGGCGCAUCAUGCUGGACACCUCUAACAACCUCUUCCUGGGGAUCCCGUUGGAUGAAAAGGCCAUUGUGUGUAAAAUCCAGGGUUAUUUUGAUGCAUGGCAAGCUCUCCUUCUCAAACCAGACAUCUUCUUUAAGAUUCCUUGGCUGUACAGAAAGUAUGAAAAGUCUGUAAAGGAUUUGAAAGAGGACAUGGAAAUUCUGAUAGAAAAAAAAAGACGCAGGAUUUUCACAGCAGAAAAACUGGAAGACUGCAUGGAUUUCGCCACUGAGUUGAUUUUGGCUGAGAAACGUGGUGAACUGACAAAAGAGAAUGUGAACCAGUGCAUACUGGAAAUGCUAAUUGCAGCACCAGACACCAUGUCUGUCACUGUGUUCUUCAUGCUGUUUCUCAUUGCAAAGCACCCCCAGGUUGAAGAGGAACUAAUGAAGGAAAUCCAGACUGUUGUUGGUGAAAGAGACAUAAGGAAUGAUGACAUGCAAAAACUCGAAGUGGUGGAAAACUUUAUUUAUGAGAGCAUGAGGUACCAGCCUGUCGUGGACCUCGUCAUGCGAAAAGCCUUAGAGGAUGAUGUCAUCGAUGGCUACCCGGUGAAAAAGGGAACCAACAUUAUCCUGAAUAUUGGAAGAAUGCAUAGACUCGAGUUUUUCCCCAAGCCCAAUGAAUUUACUCUUGAGAACUUUGCCAAGAAUGUUCCUUACAGGUACUUCCAGCCAUUUGGCUUUGGGCCCCGGGCCUGUGCGGGAAAGUAUAUCGCCAUGGUCAUGAUGAAGGUCACUCUGGUCAUACUUCUGAGACGCUUCCAAGUGCAGACACCGCAAGACCGGUGUGUUGAAAAGAUGCAGAAGAAAAAUGAUUUAUCCUUGCACCCGGAUGAGACCAGCGGCCUGCUGGAAAUGAUUUUCAUCCCAAGAAAUUCAGACAAGUGUUUCACUAAAUAAAAUUGGUCAGUCCCUGCCCUGGACCAGUUCUCAACAGUAUUCCACAUGGAAACCACCCAUCUUUGCUAGCUAAUCCUCCUCACAUGAACAUUCUGUGGCCUAUUGUGUUUUAUCAGCUUACCUCCUCUGUGUUAUCAGCAUACCAGAUGCACUGUUCUCCUAAGCAUAUUCAAGCCAGAAACCAGACUGCAAAGAACAUAUGGAGGCCAAGAGUUUGUGCAAGAAACUAUAGCCUUAAAGGACCAUUUCCACAAAACAGGUUUUGGAAAAAUGGAGACAUCAACAAACUCAUUCUCAUCUCUUCUCUGUUCUACUGUGAGAAGGGAACCUUUUAAUGUCUGGGGCAGAGGCACUCAAGUUGAUUAGAAAGGUCCAGCUAACAUCUGGAUACCUAUGGCCAAACAUACAUGGUAAUUUGAUUUGGGGUUUGGUGGGAUUUGGGGACUACAACAUCCGAAGCCUUGAAGAAAUGCUUACAAAUUCAGCAUGUGACUUUUUCUAUAAAUUAUAUUCAAUUAACACUUAUUUAUUCACAUGUGAUUUAUCUGCAGCAAAAGUUAAAUCAGAGAAUAGACUUGUGGCUGCCUCAGGGGAGAGGAAGGGAGUGGGAGGAAUCGGGAGCUUGGGGUUAAUGGAUGCAAUCUAUUGCUCUUGGAAUGGAUUUACAAUGAGAUCAUGCUGUGUAGCAUUGAGAACUAUGUCUAGAUACUUACAUCGCAACACAACAGUGGGAGGAAAAAGUAUGUAUACAUGUAUGUGUAACUUGGUCCCCAUGCUGUACAACGGAAAUAAAUUAAUUAAUUAAUUAAAAAAAAAGUUACAUCAAAGAGCAUCCUUUCCCAAUGUCUCAAUUUAUGCCUCAACCAGACCAUAUCUCUGCUAUGGGGGGAAAAAAAUCACAAAAUGUGUUUCAAAUUUAAAUAAAAUUCUUUUUUUAUGUUGCAUUGUUA